UUUCUUCGAUUUCGAUUUUAUUAAACAGUACUUUUAAAAACGACACUGCCACUGCGCUCUUGUAGUUUGGGCUUUACGCAGAAAUGCUUCAAUGCAAUGCCACCCUGCAGGACCGAUUUUAGGAAUGUCAUACAAAGCAUAAAAGCAAAAGAAUUUCGGGAACAGUGGGUAAAGGAAAAAAAGUAAAUUUAAGGUCUGCCGUUUAGUGAAAAUUAUAAAAAUUGUUCAGAAAAGCGAUAUUAUUUAUAGAAAUGUACUGUCAAUAAUGAGGCGUUUACCAGACGUGAAAGCAACAAAAAAUUAAUUAUAGAUUUCUCGGCACCAUAUGAAAUGCCAAAAUGUUGACGAUGACACCAUACGAAUAAAGAAAACAAUCCAUUUUACGCGACGGUAAGUUCUAUCAUUACUUAUCUCAUACAAAGCAGAGGCUAGCGACAAAAACAGCGAACCAAAUAGAUUUAACCUAAAGUACAGUCGCUGACGCAGAGGGCGGACGCAGUAAUUGUGCGGCAGUUUGCAACACGCCCGCCCACUAAGCACCUCAAUACCGUAGCGAUACAACGGAAACCACCAACACAACAGAACAACCACAAUUAAUAAGGCAACAAUAUUUAAUAUACCAAGCAUUAAUAUUCAAACAACGCACAUAUUUACACAUUGGAUUUGAGGACGGUGACAUUAGCCAGAGGAAGAGUGAUAAUAAUAACAAUCGUACAAUAAGUAAUUAACACCAAAUAUGGCUAGCAUAUCCGACCGGAAACGAAAUACGUUUUUAAGUUACGUUGCACCCUCUCCGGGAGAUAUUCCUAGACAAGAGGGCAGCGAUGAUUGGCUUCCAACAGAGCUGCGUGACCUUCAUUUAGCUAAACCGCGUUUGUUACCCAAUGAACUUGUUGUAGCAUCAGCACCUGCAUACCUUUUUUCUGCGAUAAUGCCUGCGCCUACUGAGGGCAGUGAACUCGAUAUGUCGCGACAGGCGGUAUUUGGCUUGCUAAGUGUCACGAAUUUUAAAAUGGCAUUUGUCCCCCUACAGCGCCAACAGCAAGAAACUCUUCCACAGGAAUCAUACCAGGAACACUUAUAUCUCCAACGCAACGAUGUGACACUCAAUAAUAUUGACUACGUAUACCAGUUAGCGGAGGGUGGUAGAGUAAGCGUACGAGCACUCAGCGGCGGUAACAAACGCAAAAAACUCGAUGCACAGCAAAAAGUAAUGAGUAGCCGCAUCACAGCACUUCAUAUUAUUUGCAAGAACUUUCGACUCCUCAAAUUCGCCUUCCAGCAGUCGAGGUCUGGUUCUGAUUAUGGUAAACUUAUUGCUUCGGCGCUGGCGCGAUUCGCCUAUCCAUCACGCCAUGAUCUGAGUUUCGCAUACUGUUACCGUGAGCCAUAUUAUUCCAUGUUGGGCAAAUCCAGCGUGACCAUGUACAGCACAAAAAACGAUUGGGCACGAGAAUUAAUUCGAUGUGGGGCCAAUGAGUGGCAGGUUGUGAGUGCCGAAAAUGUGCCCCAAUUGCAAAAUUUAUUACAAGCACCAAAGUAUACGCUGCCUCCUCACUUUGUCAUCCCUAAAUGCUGCACAGUUGACAGAUUUCUAGACCUAUCCCGAGCAUUCUACGACUCACGGGCGGCUUUUUGGGUAUUUGGUUAUGGUAACGCAUCGUUAGUCCGUUUGGCCGAAUUGAAGCCUGCGAUGCAGCAAGACACUAAAGUCGAGAACGUGACACUUGAGCUGGUAAGAAAAUGUGAUGAACGACGCACACUUAAACUGCUGCAGUUGACAGAUCGUCUUCCUAGUAUCCAAGAUGUGCAAAGGGCAUAUCUGAAGUUUCGACGCCUAUGUACGCCCGAAAGUCC